AUGGAAGAAUGGAAUGCCCAGACUGGUUCAGCCCCUCUUGAGAGAAGACUUCCAUUACCCCCCGCGGUGCCGAAUCUCUUCCAGUUUCACAAUAAGAACAUGUCGACUGCCUUGAAAGCCCUCAAUGAGAAAGGAAUUCCUGUCGUCGAAUAUGGGCAGCAAAUCCAGUUUCGAUGGGGAUGGGCUGAGAUUCUCGUGACAGUAUCCGAGCAAGGCUUUGCUCUUGCCGCCGAGCCACCUACAUCUGGCUUCCCAUGGGAGCAAUGGAUCAAGAUGGGCCGAUUCCACAAUCUUGAUGAAGAGAACUGGAACCAGGUCCAUCUAUACCCCCUAUCUGCAGUUGGCAUUGCCCUUGACGAUACCUACGAAGUUUUGUCUACUUUCGACCCCAAGCUCCGAAUCCGAACACCGUUGCCCGCUAGAUACAUGCUCACUAUGAUUCGUGAACUCGUCAAAUAUUACACGGACGAGGAGGAAGCAGCCGCAGAGGCGGAGUUCCUGAGUAAGGUCGAGGGGGCAGUUCAGGAUAUCAAGACUUUCCAAUUCUGGGUAGGCCAGAAGUAA